GGCACGCGGACUGGCCGCGGAGGGGGCGGGGCCGCGGUGGCGGUUGCGGGGCAUGCGCGUCUCCGCGCGCGGCUUCUCAAAAAUGGCGGCGGCGGUGUGAAGCUCGUUGCCGGCUCGCGGACAAAUGUGACAAUUUUGUUGCUGUCGCCGACAAGAACCAAGGAACCCAAUCACUUGAGCCAUCACUACUAUCUUCCAGGGUCUGUAUAAGCAACCAGCUGGAAUCAGGAGCUGGAGCCAAGUAUUCCAAUAUGGAAAAAAACCCAGAAAGCAAUACGGAACAGAUAGCAAAUGAAGAUUCAAUGGAUGUGAAGAAGGAGAAUCAAGAGGAUAUUCCUCAUUCAAGCACAUCUUCUGUGCAAAAUGAUGAUUUCCACUGGGACCAGUACUUGAAGGCGACAGGAUCUUUAAGUGCUCCUUCAGAUUACUUCAGACAGUCUAAAAUUCCACCGGCUAAUGACUUCAAAGUUGGUAUGAAAUUGGAAGCUCGUGAUCCUCGCAAUGUUACUUCCGUAUGUAUUGCUACGGUUAUUGGAAUUACUGGGGCGAGAUUACGUUUACGCCUCGACGGUAGUGACAAUAGAAACGACUUUUGGAGGCUUGUCGAUUCCUGUGACAUACAACCUGUUGGGACAUGUGAGAAGGAAGGAGAUUUACUUCAACCUCCACUAGGAUUCCAGAUGAAUGCAUCAUCUUGGCCUAUGUUCCUGUUACGAACCCUAAGUGGAUCUGAAAUGGCACCUGCAGCAUUCUUCAAAAAGGAACCCCCAAAGCCACCCCUUAAUAAUUUUAAAGUGGGGAUGAAGCUCGAGGCUGUUGACAAAAAGAACCCAUUUCUCAUCUGUCCUGCUACAAUCGGGGGUGUUAGAGGAGAUGAAGUUCACAUCACAUUUGAUGGCUGGAGUGGAGCAUUUGAUUACUGGUGCAAAUAUGACUCUCGGGAUCUUUUUCCAGUUGGAUGGUGUUGCCUGACAGGAGAUAUAUUACAGCCACUAGGAAAUGGUGUUCCUGUUGUAAAGAACACAGCAAAAACACAGUCUUCCCCUUCCAAAGCAACUGAGCGUUCAAUGCAGUCUCCUCAGAACACUGCUCCAGGAUUGCCAACACAGCAGGUCAAGAAACCAGGUCGAACUAAAUCUUCUGGAAAUACUUCAGCUCCCAAGAAGGGUAGUUCUGUUAAAAAUCCCACACCAAAGAAAAAAGGUGUAAACUCAGGAAAAAAGGAAAAAAUCAUUCCUGUGUUGUGUUCUACAUCUUCAACUUCUUUAAAAACGCUGAUCAGAGAGAGUGCCAAUUCAGGUGAUAGGGAUGCUGCUCCUAGAAUGUCUAAAAUAGUGAUGUCUACAGUCUGUGUCUAUAUAAACAAACAUGGAAACUUUGGCCCUCACCUGGAUCCCAAGAAAAUCCAGCAGCUGCCCGACCACUUUGGUCCAGGCCCCGUGAACGUGGUGCUGCGGCGAACUGUGCAGGCCUGUGUGGAUUGUGCCAUUCAAUCUAAGACUGUUUUUGGAUUCCUGAAGCCAGAUAAUCGUGGAGGAGAAGUGAUAACUGCCUCCUUUGAUGGGGAAACUCAUUCCAUCCAGCUCCCUCCAGUGAACAGUGCAUCAUUUGCUCUUCGCUUUCUUGAGACUUUAUGCCACAGCAUGGAGUGCGAUAACCUUUUGAGUAGCCAGCCUUUCAGCUCUUACAAGGGUAAUAAUACUAAUAGCCCUGCAGAAAAAGAUCAAAAUACAUCAGGUGGGAGAAAAUAUAAAUGUUUAUACUGCACUUCUGUUUUGUAUCAUGUUUUAUACUUAACUUGAGAAUCUUAUAUAAUUCAGAAUUGUUGGAAUUCUAGAGCAUUUUCAUCAUCCCAGAGAUACACUGCAUCCUCAUUGACAGUAAUUCCUCAGUCUCUCCUCCCUCUGGCCUCGAGAAACUAUUCAUCUGUUUUUGGUCACUAUGAACUUGCCUAUUCUGGACACUUCGUAUUAAUAGAAUCAUAAAAUGUGUAGCAUUUUCUGUGUGGCUUCUUUUUUUUUAUUAUUUGAAAGAGUUACAGAGAGAGAGAGAUGUCUUCCAUCACUGGUUCACUCCCCAAAUGGCCGGAACGGCUGGAGCUGAGCCGAUCCGAAGACAGGAGCCAGGAGUUUCUUCUGGGUCUCCCACGUGGGUGCAGGGGCCCAAACACUUGGGCCAUCUUCCACCACCUUCCCAGGCCAUAGCAGAGAACUGGAUCAGAAGAGGAGCAGGCAGGACUAGAACUGGCACCCAAUUGAAUGCCAGCACUUCAGAACCGGGCUUUAACCCGCUGUGCCACAGCACCGGCCCUGUGUUUUCUUUUAAUUAGCAUAAUGUUUUCAAAGUUCUUUUAUUUGGUAGCAUGUAUCAGUACUUCAUUCCUUUUUUUUGCUGAAUAAUAUUCUAUUGAAUGGAUAUUUCACAUUUUGGUUAUCCAUGUGUCAGAUGAUACUUUUGGGUUGUUCCCACUUUUUGGCUGUUGGGAAUAUUGUUGCUGUGAACAUUUGUGUACAGGUUUUAUGUGGACAUAUGCUCUUAAUUCUUUUGGGUAUAAAUCUAGGUGUGGAAUUGCUGGGUCUUAUAGUAACUCAGCGUUUAGCUUGUUGAUGAACUGACAAACUUUUCCAAAGAGGCUGUACCAUUCGUACACCCGUCAGCAACCUGUCAUGGUUCCAAUUUCUCCAUAUUCUUUGAACACUUGUUAUUGUCUAUCUUUUUUAUCCUAGUGAGUAUGAAAUGAUAUCUCAUUGUGGUGUGAUUUGAACUUCCCUAUUGGCUGAGGUUGAGCAGCAUUUCUUAUGCUUAUUGGCCAUUUGUAUAGCCUCUUGGGAGAAAUCUGUUCAAAUCCUAUACUCAUUUUUAAUUGAAUUCUUUUCUUAUUGUUGAGUCAUCAAAGUUCUUUGUAUAUUCUAGAUACACAUCUCAUGUCAGAUACAUGACUUUCAUGUAUUUUAUCCUUCUUUUGAUUGACUUUUCAACUUUCUCGAUGGUCUCAUUUAUUAUUAUAAAGAUUUAUUUUAUUUGUUUGAAAGGCAAGAGUGACAGAGAGAGAGAUAGAGGUCUUCCAUCCACUGCUUCCUCCAAAUAGCGCCAUGGCAAGGGCUGGACCAGGAUGAAGCAGGAGCCUGGAACUCCAUCUGGAUCUCACCACAUGGGUGCCAGAGUUCCAAGUAUUUGGACCAUCAUCCACUGCCUUCCCAGGCACAGUAGCAGGAAGUUGGAAUGGAAGCAAAGCAGCUGGAACUUGAAACAGCACUCCCAUAUGGGAUAUUGACUUUGCAGGCGGUGGUUUAACCUGCUGCACCACAACACUAGCACCUUUGAUAGUGUUCAUAAAUCACACAAAUAUUUAAUUUUGGUGAAUUCUCUAUUUGUUGAGAUAUUUUUCUUUUCUUUUAGUUCUUUAGACAUAUUUUUAGUUCUUUGAACAUGCUUACAGUGUCUGAUUUAAAGACUUUGUGUAGUAAAUCCAACAUGUGCUUCUUCAAGGA